AGGAUGGGUAUUUGGCAGUCCUUGUCUGGUCCUCCCGAGUACCGACAACUGGCGGAAACGACAGGCUUCAAUUGUGAGCAGAUCCGAGUUUUACACAAACGAUUCAUGCAGUUGAGCCACAAUGAAGACACCCUACGGAGAGAGCACUUCAACGCCAUCCAAGAUCUGGCCUGGAACCCCAUUCGAACGCAGAUCAUAGAGGCUUUCUUUGACAGGAGAAACUUGAUUCCGCCCGGCGAGGGUUCGAUGGAGGAAAUCCACUUGGAGGAAUUUGUGGUGGUCAUGUCCCACUUCAAGCCACCGUCACUAAACAUGACGGAUGAGGAGCGGGACAGCGUCCGAAAAGAGAAGCUGAGAUUUUUAUUCAACAUGCAUGACACAGACAAUGAUGGAACCAUAACUCUGGAGGAGUACAGACAUGUGGUGGAAGAGCUCCUCUCUCGCAGUGGGCAAAUCGGCACAAAAAAUGCUAAAAGCAUCGCGGACGCAGCCAUGUUGGAGGUGGCGAGCAUCUCCAUGGGUCACAUGGAGCCUGACGAGUUCUACGAGGGCAUCACUUUCGAGCACUUUCUUAAACUGCUGGCCACCUUCGAAAUUGAAGCCAAGAUGAAUGUUCGCUUUUUGAAUAUGAACGCAUCCACUGUGUGCAACUGA